AUGUCAUCUACGGCCACUGACCUCGACAACAUGGAGGUGCAGCGACAAUACAAAGUGAGCAGUCGAUGGGAGACCUCAGACAGUCAAUGGGAAGAGGAGCACAGCACCUCCAAAUUGUUUGAAUCAUCCAGGAUCAAAGCCCUCGCUGAUGAGCGGGAUGCUGUACAGAAGAAGACCUUUACCAAGUGGAUGAAUUCUCACCUGGCGCGGGUGAUGUGUCGGGUCACAGAUCUGUACGUGGACUUGCGUGAUGGCUGCAUACUGACCAAACUGCUGGAGGUUCUGUCGGGAGAGCAGCUGCCCAAGCCGACACGGGGCCGGAUGCGAAUCCAUUCCCUGGAGAAUGUGGACAAGGCUCUACAGUUCCUGAAGGAGCAGCGUGUUCACCUGGAGAAUGUGGGCUCGCACGACAUCGUCGACGGAAACCACCGGCUCACUCUUGGCCUCAUCUGGACCAUUAUCCUCCGUUUUCAGAUUCAGGUGAUUAAAAUCAACACAGAAGAUAACCGCGAGACUCGCUCGGCCAAAGACGCUCUCCUGCUGUGGUGUCAGAUGAAGACAGCUGGAUAUCCCGGUGUGAAUGUGCAGAACUUCACCAGCAGCUGGAGUGACGGGCUUGCAUUUAAUGCUCUCAUCCACAAACACAGGAGUGACCUCAUUGACUUCGCCAAACUGCAGAAAUCCAACACGACCUUUAACCUCCAGCAGGCAUUUAAUGUGGCUGAGCAGCAGCUGGGCGUGGCCAAGCUCCUGGAUCCCGAAGAUGUGAACAUGGAGAAUCCCGAUGAGAAGUCUAUUGUCACCUAUGUGGUCUCCUAUUACCAUUACUUCUCCAAGAUGAAGGCCCUUGCAGUGGAAGGGAAGAGGAUUGGAAAGGUCCUGGACAAGGUACUGGAGAUUGAACAGAUUAUCUCGAGAUAUGAAACGUUGGCAUCUGAGCUGCUGGAAUGGAUUGAGCAAACCAUCGCUCUGAUCAGCAAUCAACGCUUCGCAAACUCAUUAACUGGUGUUCAACAGCAACUACAAGCCUUCACGAACUACUGCACUGUGGAGAAACCUCUAAAGUUUGAGGAGAAGGGGAAUCUGGAGGUUCUCCUCUUCACCAUCCAGAGUAAACUUCGAGCGAACAACCAAAAGCUGUACGUACCCCGUGAAGGCAAACUGAUCUCUGAUAUCAACAGGGCCUGGGAGAGACUGGAGAAGGCGGAGCAUGAGCGUGAGGUGGCGUUGCGGAAUGAGCUAAUUCGGCAGGAGAAGCUCGAGCAAUUGGCUCAUCGGUUUGACCACAAGGCUGCCAUGCGGGAGACCUGGCUGAACGAGAACCAGCGGCUCAUCUCCCAGGAUAAUUUUGGUUACGAUCUCCCUGCGGUUGAGGCAGCGAUGAAGAAACACGAGGCGAUUGAGGCGGAUGUGUCGUCAUACAAGGAGCGAGUGCAGGUCAUCACUGAGCUGGCUCUGGAGCUGGACUCGGAGAAUUACUACGACAUCAGGCGCAUCACUGCUCAGAAAGAUAACAUUCUGCGGCUGUGGGGCUUCCUGGAGGAGACGCUGGCCGCUCGCAGGGCUCGGCUCGAACUCAACCUCUCGCUGCAGAAGACCUUCCAGGAGAUGGUUCACAUGAUUGACUGGAUGGAGGAGAUGCAGAUGCUGUUGUGUUGGAAAGAUUUGGGGAAGCACUUGCUGGAGGCUGAGGACCUACUUCAGAAACACUGCCUCCUAGAGGCAGAUAUCUCGGUGCAGGCUGAGCGAGUGAAGAGCCUCAAUAUGGCCGCCCUGGAGUUUACUGAAUUGGAAGGUUACCAGCCGUGCGACCCGCAGGUCAUCCGCAACCGGGUCCAGCACGUCAGCAGCUGCCUGGAGGAGCUGCAGCGGCUGGCGUCGUGUCGGAGGGCGGAGCUGGAGGGCUGGCGCCGCCUCUGGGAGUUCUUCCAGGAGAUGGAGGAGGCGGAGGGUUGGAUCCACGAGAAAGAGCAGGUCAUCUCCUCGGCCCACUGCGGCAAGGACGUGGACAGCGCCACCCGGCUGCUGACCAAGCACGAGGCGCUGAUGGGGGAGUUGGUGGCUCGGUGUGGCCUCCUCACCCAGACCAUCACCAAGGGCGAGCAGAUCCUGGCGCAGAAACACUUCGGCACCGGCAACAUCCAGGAGCGGAUCCUGGAGGUGCGGCUCCAGUGGAAAAUGCUGGACGAGUUGGUGACUCUGCGGCAGCGGCGGAUCCAGGAGGCCCUCAGCUUCUUCCAGUUCAAGGCUGAGGCGGACGACCUGGAGCUGUGGCUGCACGACGCCUACCGCCUGGCCUCCAGCGACGACUUUGGGCACGACGAGUACUCCACCCAGUCGCUGGCCAAGAAGCACCGGGGCCUGUCCGAGGAGAUCGAGCAGCACCGGCAGACGGUCCACACCCUGCGCACUCAGGCCGGUGGCCUGGCCCCCGAGUACCUGGAGUCGGGCGAGGUGCAGAGCCGGGUGUCAGAGCUGGAGACCCUCUACGCUGAAGUGAAGGAGGUGGCAGGCCUACGCAGGCAGUGGCUGCAGGACGCCCUGGCGGUUUACCGCAUGUUCACCGAGGUCAACGCCUGUGAGCUCUGGAUCGACGAGAAGGAGCAAUGGUUUAACAACAUGGAGGUCCCUGGGACACUGGAGGACCUCGAGCUGGUCCAGCAGAGGUUUGAGAGUCUGGAACAGGAGAUGAACAGUAUGUUGGUCCGGGUGGUGGAGGUGAAUGAAAUUGUUCAGCAGCUGGUGGAAAAUGGGCAUCCCAGUGCCACAGAGGUCAUGGGCUGUCAGGACCACCUCAACAGCAGGUGGGCACAGAUCGUGCAGCUGGUUGAAAGCAAAAAGGAGAGCAUCGACUCCCUGCUGCGCAUCCAGAACUAUUCGCUGGAGUGCAACGAGAUCAAGUCGCAGAUCAGUGAGAAACGGAGGGCCAUCGAGUCCACGCAGUACCUCGGUAACGACCUCGGGGGAGUGAUUGCGCUGCAGAGGAAGCUGUCCACCAUGGAGGGAGCCCUGACCGUGAUCGAGCCCAAGCUGAUUGGUCUGCAGCUGGAGGCGGAGAGUUUAGCUGCUACACACCCUGAGCAGGCGAUGGAUAUCCUCAUCCGAUUCGAGGAGAUCAGUGAGGAAUGGGAGCAGCUGAAGCAGGCGCUACAAGGCUGCGAGGAUUCCCUGAGUGUGGCUGGCAGGCUGCAGCAGUUCAUCCAGGACCUGGACAGCUUCCUGUCGUGGCUGGCCCGUACGCAGGGAGCCACUGUGUCUGAGGAGCUGCCCAACACGCUGGCAGAGGCGGAGGCUCUCCUCAGGAGCCACGAGGCGCUGAGGGAGGAGAUCAGCCAACACGAGGAGGACUACCGCAAGAUCCUGGCGGUGAACGAGCUGCUGUCGCUGGGUGAGAUGGAGCUGCCGCUGCUCUCCAUCCAGCAGUGGCUGCACAAACUCCAGAACGGCUGGGUCAAGCUGCACCAGGCCUGGCAGGUCCGCCAUGAAACGCUGCUGCAGGCUCACAUUUACCAGCUCUUCCUGCGUGACGUCAGGCAGGCCGAAGGCUUCCUCAACAGCCAGGAGUCGGUGUUGGCCCAACUCGAAGUGCCAGUGUCGCUGGAGGCAGCGGAGAGGGCGAUCAAGAGGCACCGGGACUUCCUGGUGACUCUGGAGAUUAACCUGCAGAAGAUCAACACGGUGGUGGAGGCAGGAGGGCAGCUAGUGAAGGCUGGCAGCAUCUACCAGGAGAAGAUUGACGAUCAAACCAAGUCCAUCACCACCAGGAGCCAACAGAAUUACAAGCUGGCUCAUGAUUGGCUGGAGCGCCUGGCUGUCCAAUGGGAGCUACAGCGGUUCCUCCAGAGCUGUCAGGAGUUGGGCGACUGGAUUAAUGAGAAGAUGCUGACAGUCCGGACCACGUCACACGACGAUGUUCAGAAGCUGCACAAAAAAUGGCUGAAGCACCAGGCGUUUAUGGCAGAACUGGCGUUGAACCGGGAAUGGCUGGCUAAGAUUGAGAAGGAAGGGCAACAGCUGAUCAAGGAGAAGCCCGAACUCGCCUCAGAUGUGAGGAAGAAACUGGAGGAGAUUCACGACUGCUGGACUGUUCUGGAGAGCACAACACAGGCCAAGGCGAGGCACCUGUUUGAUGCCAACAAGGCAGAGCUGCUGGUGCAGAGCUAUGGCGAGCUGGACAAGAGGCUUUCCCAACUGGAGGGGCAGCUGCAGGGGGUAGACGGAGCGAGAGACAUUGUCAGCGUCAACUCUCAGCUCCAGAAAUUGCAGGUGCUGGAGAAUCAGAUGGAGGGCUGGUACAAGGAGGUCGGUGAGUUACAGGCCCAGGCUGCGACCCUGAACCACGAUGGGGCGGGAAAAGAAGAGGUCACCGAGAAACAGAACGUGGUCGAGGCACGAAUUGUGCGCCUGAUUGAACCAUUGAAGCAGCGACGGAGAGUUCUGCUCGCAUCGAAAGAGGUUCACCAGGUGACGAGGGACAUGGAGGAUGAGACUCUUUGGAUUCAGGAACGCUUGCCACUGGCAAAAUCCAAGGAUCAUGGGAAUAACCUGCAAACAGUGCAACUCCUUCAGAAAAAACUGCAGACUCUUCAGCGGGAGAUCCAGGGCCACCAGCCGCGGAUCAGUGAUGUGAUGGAGCGGGCAGGGCACAUCGCCUCCAUCCAGAGCCCGGAGACAGAAGCCGUGCGCCUGAGCCUGGACCGGCUGCGGGAGCUCUGGGCCGAGCUCCAAGAGGAGACGCAGCAACGGCAGCAGAGACUGACAGCGAUGCAGCAGGUCCAGCAGUAUUACUUCGACGCGUCAGAGGUGGAGUCGUGGCUGAGCGAGCAAGAACUGCACAUGAUGACGGACGAGAAAGGAAAGGACGAACAGAGCUCCCUCCAGAUGUUGAAGAAACACCUCGUUCUCGAGCAGACAAUUGAUGAUUACGCAGAGAACAUCUGUGAACUCUCGAAGACGUGUCGAACGUUGUUGGACACGGGCCACCCAGAAAGUGAGCAGAUCAGCAAACAGCAAUCUCAAAUUGACCGCCUCUACGUGAGCCUGAAGGACCUCGCUGAGGAACGGAAAAGCAAGCUGGAGCAAUAUUACUGGCUCUUCCAGUUAAACCGAGAGGUUGAUGAGCUGGAGCAGUGGAUUGCAGAGCGAGAGGUAAUAGCGGCAUCACCAGAACUUGGACAAGACUUCGAACACGUCACUCUGCUGCUAGAGAAGUUCACUGAGUUUGCCCACGAGACUGGGGUGAUCGGGCAGGAGCGGGUGAACACGGUCAACCAGAUGAUCGAUGAGCUGAUUGACUACGGCCACAUGGACGCAGCUACCAUUGCGGAGUGGAAGGACGGUGUGAGCGAGGCCUGGGCUGACCUGUUGGAACUGAUCGAGACCCGAGCCCAGAUGCUGUCAGCCUCCCAGGAGCUGCACAAAUUCUUCAGUGACUGCAAGGAGGUGGCCGGCCACAUCGAGGAGAAACACAAACAGCUUCCGGAAGUUUCCGUCGGAGACUCCAGCAGCACUUUCACUCUGCAGAGGAUGCUGAGUUCGUUUGAGCAUGACAUUCAGGUCCUGGUUACACAGGUCAGGCAGCUCCAGGAAAAUGCGGCCCAGUUGCGGACGGUGUACGCUGGCGAGAAUGCAGAGGCCAUCCUUGAGCAGGAGCAGGGAGUCAUGCAGGCUUGGAAGGAGCUACUGAGCAGUUGUGACCAGCGGAAGCUCCAGCUUACCACGACCAGCGACAGAAUCCGCUUCUUCAGCAUGGUCCGUGACUUGGUCAGCUGGAUGGACAGCAUCAUCUGUCAGAUCGGGACGGGAGAGAAACCUCGGGAUGUCUCGUCAGUGGAGGUGCUGAUGAAUUACCACCAAGGUCUCCGAGGGGAAAUUGAAGCCAGGCACAAGAAGCUUUCGGCUUGUAUCGAAUUGGGCAAAACGUUACUCACCAGUACCAACCAGUCUUCCGAUGAGAUUAAGGAGAAACUGGACAAGGUGCUGAAGAAGCAACAUGAAAUGAUGGAGAAAUGGGAGCAGUAUUGGGAGUGGCUACAACAGAUGCUGGAGGUGCACCAGUUUGCACAGGAGGCGGUGGUGGCCGAAUCGUGGCUGAGUGCCCAGGAGCGCCUGGUCAACAGUAACCAGCUGGGGAACAGUGUGGACGAGGUGGAACAGCUGAUCAAGCGGCACGAGGCCUUCCGCAAGGCGGCAGCAGCCUGGGAGGAGAGGUUCAGCUCAUUGAGGAGGCUCACCACGCUGGAGCGAAUGGAGAGCAGAGCAGCUGUCCUGGGGCAGACGCCACGACUGCAGCCUGCCACUCCCGUGCUGAGUCGCAGAAUGCUGCCGGAGCCGAGGGUCGCUCUGCCCGAACAGUCGGUGGCAGUGCCGGAGACGCGGCCCGUCAAGCAGCAAGCGGUGUACGAGAUCGUCGACGGGCCCCUGGAGACCCGAGCCGAGAGACCCGAGCUCCGAGCGGCCAAGCAAGGCACCAGGAAGGAGCUGGCCUCGGCACCGUCCGACCCGAAAGCAGCCAGCUUGCCGAGGCCGGAGAAGCCGGACGGGAGGCACGAGCAGGCGAAGGUGGAGCGAAGCGAAGGGGUGAAGCAGGAGCAGUGGAGGGAACACCGCGAGUCUCUGAGCGAGCACCGGGACUUGGAGCAGGACGAUGCAGGGGCUGCUGGGGACAGGAGGACCACUCUGGCUGACAUUGUGGAGCAACUUCAGGAGAAGGAAGCCCAGGUUCGGGACGAGUCACUGUCUGUCGGCCUGCCGAACGGAAUUGAGAAACUGCCAGAGAGAACCCCUCGGCCGGACAGACCGAGGGCGAGGGACAGACCCAAGCCCAGGAGGAGACCUCGGCAGAAGGACCCGAACCAGCCGAUUGGAGAACCGCGACGGUCCCGUUCCGCACCGUCUCCCCAGAACAGCGCUGCAGCCCCACCACCGGUCACACACACAGCAGAGCAGGAAGGGAUCCUCGCUCGCAAACAUGAACUGGAGGCUCCCAAUAAAAAAUCAUCCAGCAGGUCCUGGGUUAAUGUAUACUGCGUGGUUAGCAAAGGAGACUUGGGCUUUUAUAAAGAUGCCAAGGGAUAUAAAUCAGCGGUAACCUACAACGGAGAGCCUCUCAUCACCCUGAGCGAGUCGACCUGUGAAAUCGCCAGCAAUUACAAGAAGAAGAAGUUUGUCUUUAAAGUCCGGAUGAACGACGGUAGUGAGUACCUAUUCCAGGCUAAGGACGAGGAGGAGAUGAACAAUUGGAUCAAGACUAUUUCUACAGCCAUCACAGAACACGCACAAAUCGCUCAGCAAAGUGGUCAGAUGCCUCUUACUACCUCCUCCACUGAUGAAGGCAAUCCUAAACGGGACAGUGACCGAAGAUUCAGUCUCUUUGGAAAGAAGAAGUGAGGGCAAAAAAGACGCCAUUGCCUUUAUGUCGCGCAGAUUGGAUCCUUACAAUCGCUUACAGGGACGGAGUCUCACUUGGUGACGUAGAAAUUGUUUCAUCUUGAACCUGAGCAACUAAUGUUUUUAAUUUGACAAUUUAAACAGGAGUUGGACAAUUGCAGGUGCGUCUUUUG